GAAGAGCAGUAUCAUCCAGAGGUAGAGGACAUAGCCAGUAUCUGUCUAUGAAUGAAAUAGAUGAGGCAGUACAGGUGCAGGAGGAAAUACUGGAGCACACUCCACAAGCAUUAGGGGGCCAAGCGAACGCAUCCUCUUCAUCAUCAGUUCGAACUAGAGGUCCGAAUUUGGGACAUCCUAUCCCAUCAAACCCGUCUGAUCGACAAUUGAUUAGAUUGAAAGGAACUGUUUUUUUAGAUUCCACGGUUACUAGAUCAAUCACUAAUGACAUUAAGAUGCGCUAUACUGCUCCAUGGAAAACUUGGUCAGAAAUACCUUUAAAGACAAAAGACGAGCUCUUCGGACUUUUUCGGAGUCGAUAUGUAUGGGAUGAGAGUGAAGAAGGUAUGGUUCGAAUUGCUUGGGAAAAGGUAGGUAAAGAAAGACUGCGAGACAUUCUUAAUAGAGUUAGGAGCGAAUUGUUGCGCAAGCACAAGAAGACAGAUGUUGCUUAUCUAUACAAUUUAGGACCAGAUUGGAUGGAGGCAGAGAUAUGGAAUGAACUUGUUGCAUAUUGGAGUACACUAGAGUGGAGAAAGAAAUCAGAAGCUGGUAAAACAAAUAGAAACGUAGAAAAAGAGGGACUAUUACGAAACACUCUGGUGGUUCAAUAAAAUUGGAGGUUCAUGAGAAUAGAUUGGCAAAGAAGUUGGGUAGACAACCAACUCAACUUGAACUAUUUCCUGCAACUUGAACUAUUUCGUGCAACUCACACAAAAAAGGGG